UCUCUGCGGGAAGUGGUGACCUCCUGCUCUUGCUCCCAGGCUGUGGCCUCCAAGCUGGAUCUGCCAGAUGACUUGGUUGGCUACUUCAGCCUCUUCCUAGUGAGAGAGACCAAGGACGGAGCUUUCUCCUUUGUGCGGAAGCUGCAGGAGUUUGAGCUGCCCUACGUGUCUGUCACCAGCCUGCACAACCCCGAGUUCCGGAUCAUCCUGCGCAAGAGCUACUGGGACUCCUCCUAUGACGACGAUGUAAUGGAGCAUCGCGUGGGGUUGAACUUGCUGUAUGCGCAGACGGUGUCGGACAUUGAGCAUGGAUGGAUCCUUGUCAACAAGGAACAGCACCGGCAGCUGAAGUCCCUGCAGGAAAAAGUCUCCAAGAAGGAGUUCAUCCGCCUGGCGCAGACCCUGAAGUACUACGGCUAUCUCAAGUUUGACCCCUGCGUCACUGACUUCCCUGAGAAGGGAUGCCACGUCGUCGUCAGUGCUGGCAACAACGAGCUCAACUUCCAGGUGCGAUUGCCGAGCGAGCAGAUCAAGGAAGGCAGCUUCAAGGUCACGCGCAUGCGGUGCUGGCGGGUCACAUCCUCGGUGCCGAUGAGCAAUGGUCCCUCGGGGAGCAGCCCGGGGAAGUCCGAGGUGAAGCUGGAAUUGGCUUUCGAGUAUCUAAUGAGCAAGGACCGGCUGCAGUGGGUCACCAUCACCAGUCCACAGGCCAUCAUGCUGAGCAUCUGCCUGCAGUCCAUGGUGGAUGAGCUGAUGGUGAAGAAGUCUGGAGGCAGCAUCCGCAAGGUGAGGGUUGGCGGGGCCCUGCGGCGCUCGGACAGCCAGCAAGCUGUGAAAUCGCCCCCGCUGCUGGACUCACCCGACGCCUCCCGGGAGCCAAUGGCCAAACUCUCGGUGAGUUGUGCGCGGGCGCACCACCUGCGAGGGAUCAGCCACUCCAGCUCUGCUAAUGAUGUGGGCGCUAAUGACUUCCAUGGCAAUUACGCCUUCGAGGGCAUUGGCGAUGAAGAUCUGUAG